GCACUUCUUAGACUUAUCGCAUUGCGUCCUCCAGAUCACACUCAUAAGAAUGAGUGCCAAUAGCAAAACAUCCAACCCCUUCGAUGAGCUGAUUGCUGAAUGCCAGAAUGACCCGGGACAAAUCCAAGCGCGCUACGAAGCUCAUCGAUUCAGUCGAAACCUGCAACAGAAGGAACAGUUGCUCGAUCCCAGUUUCGCCGGUUGGCAGGUGGAUGAGAUUCUGAAACGCCUGCACGAACAAGCCGAAAAUGAGCAAACUGAUGCCGCGGCGGGCCCGAUUAUUGAUCCCCGGCAUAGCCUGACUAUCCUCGCGCGUCCACCGCGGCAUAUUCGAGACUUGGUCGCUGAGAUCCAACAAGAGAUCAGGAACGUUGCUCCAAGCCUUUGGUUCACACCCCCGAACUAUUUACACAUGACCACCUUGGAGAUCGCUAGGUGCCGGACGAAACCAGAGAUAGAGGACUUGACCGCUCAGCUUGAGCGCAGUGGCAUCAUACCGCAGUUGGUGGACUACGCAUUUUAUCAUCGCACGCGGCUGAUCAAGCCGGUCAUCAGCUACGAUGCGACGGCAAUGGCCCUGAGUUUCAUCCCUCAGGCUGGUGGGGACAUGAGCCACAGUCGUGAGAAUGAAUAUUACGAUGAUCAGUAUACUUAUCACCAUCUGCGAAGGGAUGUCUCCGCGCAGAUAGCGGCGAUAGGGUUGCCGAUGAAACCCAGGUACAUUGCUCCUUCGGCGCACCUCACCAUCGCACGAUUCAUCACUCGCGAGGGGUUCUUGUUGAAAGCGCAUGGCUUUGAGGGGGAGGAAGGCAAGGUCGAUCGCGACCGAGUGGCCUCACUGAUAAAAACUAUUGAGACCAUCAAUAAGAGACUCCAAGCAGAACAUUGGCCUCGUCGACAGGAUCCCCUACCUCGAGAAGGCGAGUGGAUGGUCAACGUUCCGAAAACCCGCCGGACUUACUGCAAGGGCAAGGAGUGCAAGAAGCACACCCAGCACAAGGUCACCCAGUACAAGGCUGGAAAGGCCUCCCUGUUCGCCCAGGGUAAGCGUCGUUAUGAUCGGAAGCAGAGCGGUUAUGGUGGUCAGACCAAGCCCGUCUUCCACAAGAAGGCCAAGACCACCAAGAAGAUCGUCCUCCGUCUUGAGUGCACUGCUUGCAAGCAGAAGAAGCAGCUCUCCCUGAAGCGCUGCAAGCACUUCGAGCUUGGUGGUGACAAGAAGACCAAGGGUGCUGCUCUUGUUUUCUAAAUUUGCGGUUUUCUUGUUCGGCUCUGGGUUUCCUGCAUUGCUAAUCCGGCGGUGGCAUAUGACAAUGGCAAUGGAAAAUGAAAUAGG